CUGCCGCGAGUAAAACACCGAGUAUGUCGAGUACGGAAGAUUUCUAUUUACGGUACUACGUAGGCCACAAGGGAAAGUUUGGCCACGAGUUUUUGGAGUUCGAAUUCCGACCGGACGGUAAGCUGCGGUACGCCAACAACUCGAACUACAAAAACGACACCAUGAUCCGGAAGGAAGCGUACGUGCAUCAAGCGGUAAUGGAGGAGCUCAAGCGCAUCAUACAGGAUUCGGAAAUUAUGGCCGAAGAUGACUCACUGUGGCCACCACCGGAUCGUGUCGGACGGCAGGAGCUGGAAAUCGUGAUCGGUGAUGAGCACAUUUCAUUCACCACCUCCAAAACGGGGUCGCUGGUGGACGUGAAUCAGUCCAAAGAUCCGGAAGGAUUGCGUGGGUUCUACUAUUUGGUACAGGAUUUGAAGUGUCUAGUGUUUUCCCUCAUCGGUUUGCACUUCAAAAUCAAGCCGAUCUAAAUGCGCCGGUACUCGGAACUGUAAAAACCGUUUUCUCUCAGGCAU